AUGUCCUCCAGAGGACGUUACGCAGGUCCAAUACACAAAGUGUCCAACUGUAAAACUUUGUCAUGUUUAUCUCUGCCUGCUUGUGUGUCAAAGUAUUGGGGGAGUGGAUUUGUUAUCAGCAGCUUUAUGAUCUGGUCAAAGUGCAUCCUGCAUUCUGUUGCAGGAAUGACUAAAGAAAAAACUCAGACGAAGGAGUUUUUAGAGACAUUAAGUGUUCUGCAAUGGGUGCUAUCCUUUCUCUUCUUAGGAGUGGCUUGUAUUAUCUUGACGGUGUAUCUUAUGUUUACUUCGCUGUGGCCGCUCUCCACUCUGUACUUCAUAUGGCUGGUGAUGGACUGGCAAACCCCUGAAAGAGCGGGCAGGAGGACAACCUCCGUGAGGAAGUGGAGGGUAUGGGAGCACCUCAGGGAUUAUUUUCCAAUCAAGUUGGUGAAGACAGCCGAGCUGAAUCCCAACAAGAACUACAUCUUGGGUUGUCAUCCGCAUGGUAUCAUGAGUACUGGAGCUUUUACCUGCCUCAGCACAGACAGCUGUGGCUUCGCUGAGAUGUUUCCUGGGGUGCGGCCAACCCUGGCGGUACUGGCAGGACUUUUCAGGAUACCGCUCUUCAGGGAUUACAUAAUGAGUAUAGGUCUUCAUCCAGUCAGUAAACCAAGCCUUUCCUACCUCCUCUCACAGAGUGGCAAGGGUAAUGCAGUGGGGAUUGUGAUAGGGGGCGCUGCUGAGUCUCUGGAGUCCUCUCCUGGAGUGAACACAGUGGUCGUGAGGCACAGAAAGGGGUUUGUCAGGGUGGCCCUUGAGUUUGGGGCUGAUCUGGUGCCUGUUUACAUGUUCGGAGAGAAUGAGCUCUUUCAGCAGGUAGUUCUCUCAGAAGGUGGUCUAGGUCGGAGGUUACAGGACCUGUUCAAAAAGAUUAUGGGUUUCGCCCCGUGUCUAUUUGUUGGUGAGCGCAUGGCAAUCAUACCCUACAGGACUCCAAUCACCACUGUUGUGGGAAGUCCAAUCUCAGUGCCAAAGUGUGCCACACCUACCGAGGAGGAGGUCGACCAUUAUCACAGACUGUACAUGGAGGCCCUGUCCAAGUUAUUCCACGAACACAAGGUCAGCUGUGGACUUGCUGAAAGUCACAAGCUUCGAAUCAUUUAG